AUGAGUUAUAGUGGCAGUUUUUCCGCUGGCAGUAAGGCGUCAUUUUUGAGCUAUGAUGAGCUGAUUGCAAAAGACCUAAGACCUGGCGAUCUAAUAGAAAUCGAUCGCGGAAGCUACAACCAUUGGGUGAUGUUCACGGAUAAAUGUGAAAGUGGUGCGCAUUGGUGCUUUCAUGUAACAGCCACCGGCGCCGAUUUCGAUAAAAAGGAUGCAGUGAUGUCUUCAAUGUCGUCCAUGGGCAGCGUAUCCAGGGCAAUAGCCUGCAUAAAAAAGCACAAAUUGAAAGACAUCAUCGAAGACAAUAACCCAGCGAGACCGUCGCAAGCCCGAAUCAAUAACAAAGUCGAAGAGGCUAACAAGAAGAAAUGUGCGCCUCGUCCAAUCCAUGAAGUUAUUGAACAUUUAGAAGAGCGAAAAGACCAAACAGUUAGAUACAAUCUGAAGGAUUUGAAUUGUGAACAUUACGUGACGACAUGGAAGUAUGGCGCUGGAUGGAGCCGUCAAGUGGAAAAGACUAUUGAUACUAUAGUUGUUGGUACUGCUGUUGUUACUACCUUCGCUGUUGUAGGUGCUAUAAUUACCGGCAUUUUUGGGCUAUUCAGCAGUGUUGCAAAGCACCGUCGCAGUGAUCAAGAAGACGACUCGGACUCGGAAUAG